UAAAAAAUUUUCCCCCGUCCCCGUCCCCCCCCCCCGUGGCGCUGAAAAUUUUCCCCGUGCCCCCCCCCCGUGGGAAACAACCCUACUGCCAACUAGAGAUAUCUUAAAGAGUUUAGACCUUCAUAAAACUUCACUAUAAAAAAUGAAAAAAAUAAUUUUUUACUCAAUAGCUAGUCAAUUAUAUGACAACAACAUUUCCACCAGAAGAGGGAAGUGUUCGGAAUGAAUUAACCUUAUUUAAAGGAUUGUUUGGAAUUUGUUUAAUUUUUGGGAUUAUUUUAAUUGUAAUUACACUGUCAUUAGGUUAUAAUGUUUGUACGAGAGAUUUACAAAUUAUUGAGGAAAAUAGUAAAUCUAAAGAAAAUUGGAGGAAUACAAGAAGACUGACUUCGCCUCCUUUUAUUGAAAGAAGAGAAGAAUUUGAACGAGUUUCCAAUUUUUAG